GUUGUCAAAAAGACCCGACAAUGGAUGUUGUGAUUUUAGACAGCUAUAACGUAAUAGGUGUCUAACCGUACCCGGCUUAUUAUAAUUCAUAAUUGUAAUAUCUCUAUUUAUCAAACUGCAACCUAAUAUACCAAGGUUGAAGUUUCACGUAUCCAAAAUGGGAAAAGGCUGCAAAGUUGUGGUGUGUGGUUUGGCUUCUGUAGGAAAAACAGCUAUUCUUGAACAACUGUUGUAUGGCAAUCACGCUGUCGGUUCAGAGUCCGCUGAGACCCAGGAGGAUGUGUACGUUGCGUCGGUGGAAACAGACCGUGGCGUGAGGGAACAGUUGCGUCUCUAUGACACCAGGGGGCUCCACGAUGGCCUGGACCUUCCCAAGCACUACUAUUCGGUGGCAGAUGGCUUUGUGCUGGUGUACAGCGUGGACAGCAUGGAGUCCUUCAAGAAGGUUGACAUCCUUAAGAAGGAGAUAGACAAGUCCCGAGACAAGAAAGAGGUGACAGUGAUUGUUCUGGGAAACAAGGCAGACCUGCGUGAGUGUCGUCAGGUGGACCAGGAGGCAGCGCAGCAGUGGGCGCGGGGUGAGAAGGUCAAGCUAUGGGAGGUCAGCGUCACAGAGAGGAACUCUCUCAUUGAACCCUUCACCAUGCUCACCAGUCGCCUCACACAGCCUCAGAGCAAGUCAGCCUUCCCACUGCCUGGACGGAAGAGUAAAGGCACGCCGUCCAAUGACAUAUGAACUGAAUUCAGCCUCGAGCAUCUCCAAGUGAUAUGUCGCAGAGUCGGUACGAUGAGUUAACCAGCUAACAGAAUGUUCUGACAUGGCCAUGAAACAUGCACUUGACUUGACAUUGUAACUUACUCAACAUUCCAUACACAACUGACAUAAUAUAGCAUUUGUUUUUUCUUAUGUACUGGCACAUCAUGAGAUUAUGUUGUAAUGUUUAUGUAAAUGUAGAUGUUUUUUUUGUUUUUUUUUUACCUAUACCCUUUAGCCUCAUUGAGACCUAUCAAAUGGGAAUUGUCAAUUUACAGCAAGGUCCAGGCCUGUCUCAUGCACCUUUGGAGUGCAUUAUUACCUUGUGUAUCUCCUACCAUCUAGUGUGGGGUGGAUUGUCAGUUUACUACCCAGAGUCUGGCAUGGUAGCAAUAACAACUCUGGUAUCUUCAUAAUGGUUUUUCACUGUGUCUAAUUGUCAAAUGUCUAUUUGAUCAGUUGCAUCCUAAACAGUUGUUUUGUGAAUACGUUAAAGAUACUAAACCUGUGUACUUUGUAUUAGCUUUAUGUGUUUAAGAAUAUUUAUUUUUAGGUAAUUUAUUUGUCACUUUACUAUUCUCAAAUUCCUAGCCAGUAGUAAUGGGAUAAAAACUAGGAUACCGUUUUUUAAAUUAAAUGAUUUUCAGAAUCGGC